AUUUUGUAUUUUCAGAACCAAAGUGACGAUGAUUAUCUCUGACUUGUUUUACUCUUAUGGCACCCUUUGUGGGAAGUAUUCGAUGCAGCUCGCAAUCGCAUUUAGCACUAUUGUGUCCGUCAUGGUUUCGAAAACGGCGCCGAAGUUUCCCUUUUCGUGGAAUAAUGCAGCCGUCGAGUAUUCUAGUCCGAACGGCUUAGACGGAGUUGUACUUACCAUUACAAGAGUAGUUGCUAUUCUGUCAGCCUACCAGCAAAUUCAAUGCAUAAACAAAAUUGGUAUGCGCAAAAUUCUCUUUUUCACAGUUUUGCUGGCAGCAAUAUCUUCAUUCGUUUUCUUUAUUCUCGUUAGCUACAUUUUCGCUCCGAUCCAAGUGAACAUUAUUGAUAUUCUUCCUUUCUUUAUUCUGCUACUAGAUGUGCCGAAAACAGUCUGCCUCGGCCAAAGAGUGUUCGCCGCGCAGUCGACAAGUAGAUACGUUUACAGAAUCGCUUUGGCCUCCGCGUUUCAAAAUUUCGGUCCUCUUUAUUUUUUGAAUUUUGUGGUUUCCAUUUCAUUGUUAGCGAUGGGACUCAUUUUGAACCUGAAAUAUCUGAAAUUGGUAUGUCUAUUAUCAAUUAUAUGUGUGUCAUCCAUUUAUGCAUGUUUUAUGACGAUAUACCCUGCCCUUCUGGUGCUAUUUUCUGAAGUCUGUCUCUAUGGCUGUAAACCAGCUAGUAAACAUCACGAGUUCAUCAUCGACUGUCGAGACAUCGACUGCUCCUUCAUGACCUCAGAUACUAGUUCGACCAUGAUGAAAGUGAAAGCUCUGAUCUCGGUCGGAUCCAUUGCGGUCCAUGUUUUGAUAUACUACCUCAAUCCCUCUGAUUGUGCUUACUCUCUGUGCAAAACCGCAAUCAGCUAUGACGAGCAUAUUUACGAUUUGCACGCAAUAGCAGACCGCGAAACCAUAGAUUUGAUUUACGGUUACUCGGUGGAAACGGAACCUGUGAUUCUACUAGUUCUUGCUAUAUCCCUUGCCUUUAAGUUUGCAUUAAGUGAAAGCUACUCGCCAUCGUCAAACGUCGUCCAAUUGAAUCAUACAGAUCCGCCAUCUCAAAUUGACCUAGUAGCGUUUGUGGUGGGAAGUGAUUCCACGGACGGAGCCGGAGGUGAUAACUCAAUCGCGAGGCGGCGAAAAUCUCCUUCCAUGUCGAAUAAUAUAGCAGGUGACCAGCCUGUAGUUGACCGCACGGUUUCUUGGAGCUCAGGGGGUCAGAUGGAUGACAUACGAUCCUUUGCAGAAUGCAGCGAGAUCCUUGAAAACGAAGGACUCGUAAGUCUGGCAGACCUGGAAAUAGUGAUGUUGAUCAAAACGAAGAAAGUGCAGGCGUAUAGUUUGGAACAGAGAGUGGAUUCGAAACGAGCUGUGGCCAUUCGAAGAGAACUCAUUUCGCAACAGUCUUCGAACUCUUCUAUUUUCGAUCUGCCUUACAUGUACUUUGAUUAUGAUGAAAUGAGAAACGCGUGUUGUGAGAAUGUAAUUGGCUAUGUGCAGCUACCCGUUGGGGUUGUUGGACCCCUUACUGUAAACGAUCAGCCACUUUUCGUUCCUUUAGCAACUACAGAAGGUGCACUUGUAGCCAGUACUAAUAGAGGGUGCAAGGCGCUUCACCAGGGCGUCCGGGUAGUUGUCAACGACUCGGGGAUGACAAGAGCUCCGGCAGUUAAGUUCCCAACAAUAGUGCAAGCUGACGUGUUCUGCAAUUGGUUUAAGAAUGAAGGCAACAUCGACAAGCUGCGUGCUGAAAUAUCAGAGGACAGCAAACAUACCAAGUUAGUUUCAGUUACGCCCACUCAAUCGGGAAAACAUGUGUUUCUCCGUUUUCAAGCAACGACUGGUGAUGCGAUGGGAAUGAAUAUGGUCUCGAAAGCCGUGGAAAAGUGCCUUCUUUAUCUUAAGUGCGAGUUUACAAGCAUGAAAAUUAUAACCGUCAGUGGAAAUAUGUGUACUGACAAGAAGCCGUCGGCUAUAAAUUGGAUUCUAGGACGGGGCAAAAAAGUUGUAGCGGAAGCUGUUAUAUCUAAACAAAUCGUGCAAAGUGUGCUUAAAACUCAAGUUGACGACUUAGUUGAGCUUAAUAUUGUAAAAAAUCUUCUUGGAUCUACGUUGGCCGGAUCCAUAGGCGGGUUCAACGCGCAUGCUGCUAACAUUAUCACUGCUAUAUUCAUUGCUACUGGCCAAGAUCCCGCUCAAGUUGUGGAAAGCUCGAACUGCACGACUUAUAUGGAAAAAACAGAGGACGGAAACCUUUCGAUUACUUGUACUUUGCCAUGUUUGGAAGUCGGAACACUAGGGGGUGGAACAAUGCUGCCGGCCCAGAAAGCGGCGCUUAAGAUGCUAAACGUGCAAGGUUCUACAUCUACGGAAACGGCUUCUAAUGAAAACGCUUUUUCAAAUGCGAAGCAACUGGCAGCUAUAAUUGGAUCUUGUGUCGUUGCGGGAGAGUUGUCACUCUUGUCAGCACUGUCAACCGGAGAUUUGGUCAAGAGCCAUCUGAAACUGAAUAGGUCUAACAAAGAUGCUGCUUCGCAAUGAACUAACUGAAAAUCAUCUUGUUACAAAUACGCAUUACUGAAUAUAAACACUAAAAGUAACUUAAUAGAAAAGCUAACUGGCCUCCUUGUAAAAUUUAAUUUAAUUUAAAACAAUUAUGUCCAUUUCAUGUUUUGGUACAAUAUGUAUCAUUUCUUAAUCAAAUCCUAUAUGCUUAACUUGAUUAAUUAUUUUUUAA